AUGAGCCUCUUCGGAGGACCACCGCCCCCAACGCCUCCCCCCAUGCCAGUAAAAUCAGUUUCCACAGGCGAGAUCGACGACCACGAGAGCUACGAUCUCUUCGGCGUCGGUCCCAGCAUCUCUGUGGCCACUGCAGUCACGAAGGAACCCGCGCCCAUGGCCAGUACAGCUCCAGUGGAAGAAGGAGGCGCUGGAGAGGUGCCUGUGCAACCUGCAGAGCCAAUAUCACCCGUCAACAACGACCUCUUCCCUGCAGCGGUGUCAACGGAUAAACCAGACAAAGUUGAGGAGCCGGCGCUCUUAUCAUCGUCGAGAGGACUCAGUCACCUUGACAGCAGUAGCACCGCCACGGACUCGGUGGGUGGAGGAUCGUUCAGAGGAGAAUUGCCACGUGCCAACAGCAACGCGUUGCAGGUAGCUCCGACGCAGCAACCGGCUUCUGAACCGACGUACAAGAUGGCAGGCAACGCUGUCGAUAUUGUGGCCGUCAAGAAUAUGGAUGGAAAGUAUCUUACGACUUCAUGGCACGUGUCGUUCUCAUGGUCGCGCUUUCGAACGAGUUACGCUACAGGUGUGGGCGAUAUGGUCAGGAUCUUGGUCAAUGGGAGAGAAAUGCCGACCAAGAUGGAGUUGCAUGAACGUGGCCGCUGUACGUUUAUUACAGGCGGCUUGAUUAUCCCACCGGACGAUUUGUGUUUCGCUGAUCUGACCGAGGAUCACCCCAACCUUGUGCGGUUUGAGCACUUCCAGAAGUAUACAAACACAGUCCGCUAUGUAGAUGCGAAGCUGCAUCUGUGGGGACCCAACGAAUCGGUCGUCGUGGUCGAUUUGGAUGGCACGCUUACAAUUAGUGACGUGGAAGGCCAUAUCCGCACUCUGCGUCUUGGCCAGUACGACUUCCUGCAUGCAGGAGCUUGCGACUUUUUUACUAAGUUGCACGAACUGGGGAUGCGAAUCGUAUACCUCACUGCACGUCCACUCGACUGGGCUUCGGCGUCACGAACGCACUUGGAGAAUGCAGUUCAACAAUCGAUCUCGCUUCCUCCAGGGGUUCUCAUCACAAAUUCUACAGGUCUCACGGGUGCACUGUUUACUGAGGUUGUCAAUAAGACCCCACACCUUUUCAAGAUCCAAGUACUAAACGAGCUGCAACUCACGCUUAUUCACGCUGGCCGCGUGAUCGAGCAUCCAGUCUUCGUGGCUGGUUUCGGCAAUCGCCCCACCGACAUCGUGGCCUACGAGGAAGUAGGCAUGGACCCAAGCCUCAUCUUCAUGCUGGAUCCGUACUCGAACGUCAAGGCUGUGUCGGACCCGCGUCUCUACGAGUCGUAUAGUGACCCGAACGCGUUGCUGUGGCUUCUGCCUCGACUCAAGCAUCGCAUACCCAUAGAAAAAGUCGGCCGUAUCGAUGACUACACUGUGCGUGAACUCGUUCUGGCUGAAGAUCGUGAACAGCUGCGUAUGGCUGAGUUGGAGGCUCGUCGACUGCAACAGGAAGAGUUCGAGCGUGCGCGUCAAGAAGCCGACCAAGCCCGAUACACCUCCAGUAAUGCUCUACGCGCUAGCAGCAGAAGUCUCUCCAGGUAA